GUUAGUGGGAGUCUGUGAGCCAAGCUUUCACACACAGCAACAUACGCCCCGCACCUCACAACCGAUCCAGCUGCGCAGCGGAGAAGAGCCGCUUUUGCCGCUUCUUUAGAUGAUGCAGUUUAGUGCGGUUUUAAUGCAUCUGUGAACGCUUUUCAGCUGUUUAAGGACUGGACAGAGUUGGACAGCUCAAGGCUAACUUUACGUUUUUCAGAGCAAGAAUUCCUUGACGCAGCCCAACGCUUGGAUUUGUAAACUUUAGUGUUUUUUUGUUUGUUUGUUUUUGGAUUUGGCCCUGAAUGCAAUUCACGAACAUCUGGAGGGACCCGCAACAAAGCUUUCUCAAAGAGUCAAUCAAAAUAAUUUUUACGACUUCGAAAAGGAUUUAUUCCAAAAAGGGAAUCUUUGGUGUGGAACCAGCAUCGUUUUGGACGGGAGUGUGUGAUUUCGUGUGUGUUGGCAGCACUACAUUGGCAUCAUGUGUGGAACGGUGGAGGAUGUCUGAGUCUAGUCUCCGUGGUGAGGACACUCGUCCCUGUGCCCCUCCGCCCGGGAUGGUCCCGCUCUGUCUCCUUCUGUACCUUACGGCUCAUAUCUUCCCACCGGUGUACAGUGCCCGACUGCUGUCCCCAGAGCCCACAGACUGGGUAUCGAGUGAGGUGGAGGUAUUUCUGGAGGACUAUGUGGCAGGAGUCGGGGACACUGUGGAUCUCUCCUGCACUCCACGUGACUUCCUGGUCCCUAUCGUGUGGCAGAAAAACGGCGACGCAGUGUAUCCUAGCAAUCGUACGUGGGUGGGGCAGAAAGUACUCCGCAUCAUCAACGUAUCCUAUGAAGACUCGGGGGUGUAUUCCUGUAGACACACCCACAGCAGCAUGCUGCUUAGUAACUACACCGUCAGAGUCACUGAUUCCUUGUCCUCUGGUGAUGAUGAGGACUAUGAUGAAGAUUCGGACGAUGCAGGUAAUGGAAAUGAAGCUCCAUACUGGACCCGCCAUGACCGGAUGGAGAAGAAGCUAUUGGCUGUUCCUGCUGCCAAUACAGUGAAGUUCCGCUGUCCUGCUGCUGGCAACCCAACGCCCACCAUCCACUGGCUGAAAAAUGGGAAAGAAUUCAAGGGAGAGCAGAGAAUGGGCGGAAUUAAAUUGAGGCAUCAGCAGUGGAGUUUGGUAAUGGAGAGUGCUGUUCCAUCUGACCGAGGGAACUACACGUGUGUGGUACAGAACAAAUACGGCACAAUCAAGCACACUUACCAACUCGAUGUGCUGGAGCGCUCCCCUCACCGGCCCAUCCUACAGGCGGGACUCCCAGCUAAUCAGACGGUGGUGGUGGGCAGUGAUGUCGAAUUCCACUGUAAGGUGUACAGUGAUGCUCAGCCACACAUCCAGUGGCUCAAACACAUCGAGGUUAAUGGGAGCCAGUAUGGGCCCAAUGGCACCCCCUACGUCAACAUCCUAAAGAGUUUUGUCAGUAAGGUAAAAGAGGCCCACGAUAUGCUGACUCUGUAUAAUGUGUCAGAGAGAGAUGCAGGCCAGUACUGGUGCAGAGCCCACAACUUUUUAGGCAUGUCAGAGAAUGCAUUCUGGCUCACAGUGUCCCAGCCAGCGGUGGAGAUGGAGAGAGAGGAUGAUUACGCUGACAUCCUCAUCUAUGUGACUGGCUGUGUGCUCUUCAUCCUCACCAUGGUCAUCAUCAUCCUGUGCCGUAUGCGUAUGAACACACAGAAGACUCUUCCCCCGCCGCCAGUGCAAAAACUGUCUAAAUUCCCCCUCAAGAGACAGCAGGUGUCCUUGGAAUCUAAUUCUUCCAUGAAUUCAAACACCCCAUUGGUCAGGAUUGCCCGCCUGUCAUCCAGCGAUGGACCGAUGCUGCCCAACGUUUCUGAGCUCGAACUGCCUUCUGACCCCAAGUGGGAGUUUUCUCGUACAAAACUAACACUGGGAAAACCGCUGGGAGAGGGCUGCUUUGGGCAGGUGGUGAUGGCUGAAGCCAUUGGGAUUGACAAAGAGAAACCCAACAAACCUCUUACUGUUGCUGUCAAGAUGCUCAAAGAUGAUGGCACAGAUAAGGACCUGUCGGACCUUGUGUCUGAAAUGGAGAUGAUGAAGAUGAUGGGAAAACACAAGAACAUCAUCAACCUGCUGGGAGCAUGUACACAAGAUGGUCCUCUGUAUGUGCUGGUGGAAUAUGCUUCUAAAGGGAAUCUUAGGGAAUACUUGCGUGCGAGACGGCCUCCUGGGAUGGACUACUCAUUUGACACCUGUAAGAUCCCUAAUGAAACUCUGACAUUUAAAGACCUGGUGUCCUGUGCCUAUCAAGUCGCCAGGGGUAUGGAGUACCUGGCCUCAAAGAAGUGUAUCCAUAGGGACCUAGCGGCCCGGAAUGUUCUGGUUACCGAGGACAAUAUAAUGAAGAUCGCAGACUUCGGCCUGGCUAGAGACGUGCACAACAUUGACUACUACAAGAAGACCACCAACGGUCGUCUGCCCGUCAAAUGGAUGGCACCAGAGGCGCUGUUCGACCGGGUCUACACGCACCAGAGCGAUGUGUGGUCUUACGGUGUGUUGUUGUGGGAGAUUUUCACACUGGGUGGUUCACCGUACCCAGGUAUCCCAGUGGAGGAGCUCUUUAAACUGCUGAAAGAGGGCCAUCGAAUGGACAAACCUGCCAACUGCACUCAUGAACUGUAUAUGAUUAUGCGAGAGUGCUGGCAUGCUGUUCCUUCCCAAAGGCCAACGUUCAGACAGCUGGUGGAGGAUCACGACAGAGUUCUUUCCAUUACUUCCACUGACGAGUAUCUGGACCUGUCGGUACCAUUCGAGCAGUACUCUCCUACCUGUCCAGACUCCAAUAGCACCUGUUCUUCUGGAGAUGACUCUGUGUUUGCUCACGACCUCCUACCUGAUGAGCCCUGCCUCCCUAAACAUCACCACAGCAAUGGGGUCAUACGAACAUAGGCGCCCUAGAAAGGAGUGGUGCAAUAAGGGCCAUGGGGAUCUCAACCUUUCUGAGCGUUGUACUGGGCCAGUCUCCAUGUAGAUCCGGCACCAGUGUGGCUCUCAUGAAACGAUGAACGAGCAGCUUCAGAGGUCCAACAGUUUGCAGGUCUGAAGGAUGGAUUGUGCUCCUCUUUUGGGACCUCCUUUUCUUCCAAAUCAUUAUUCAGCUUUUUGUCUUCAAAAAGAGAAUUCCUAUUUUUGUAUUCGGCCAGUUUCGUUUUACCUUUGCGCUACACAGUCUGAAGAGUUAAACCAUUCCGUGCCUACCAAAAAACAAACAACAAACAGAGACAAAUUGUUGGACAGGAAACAAAAAGAAUGGACAAAUACUGUGUUACUGUGUCACAGCACAGUUCUAAAGUGGCAUUCACAGUUUGUCCUGUCAUACUUGUGAAUUCUCAUCAUGCUUAAAGAUGCAGCAAUAUCUGACUGGAGUGAAAAUUGAACCCAUGGCCAGUCUCUUCUCUCCACUCCGUUAUUUUCUCACAAAGAACUUUUUUCAUCCUUUUUUUUUUUUUUAUGAGAAAGAUUAGAAAAGAGAGAAAGUUCUCCUAGAUGUGAGAUUUGAUUAGAAAUAUAACUAUGUGCUUUGUAUGUAUCUUUAAAAAGUUUUUAUUGUAAAUAUAUAGAUAUGAAAAUGUAUCAUAUUGCAGUAAGUAGCAGUGUACUUUUGAAAAAUCAUGAAAUAAUCUAGGAACAAUGCGUUGCAAGUGAGCAUACACUGUUGAGAUCAUGUAAACAUUUAAUCUUAAAAAAGCAAAGCAAAAGUUUUAUUUGAAUUAACAUGUAUAUUUGUAAAGCUAUUUAUAGAAUUAAGGUUUUUAAAUGGUUUUAAGGUCUAAACUUUAGUCCGGGUUUUGAUACUGUUAUCAAAGGGUUUCUUCUUGAGAUUAAAAUUUUUGUAAGUUAUUUACCACGGAAGUGCAAGAUUUUUUUUUUUUUUCAACCGGUGGGUUGUACUUUAUUUUUGCUCCUAUUCUUCUUCCAUCUCUUUGUUUACAGAGACAAGAAUGUAUAAAAUAAAUUAAUUGGCAAUAUCAGCAGAGUAAAUCGAUGAAAAAGAACAUGAAAUAAGUAUGGCAAAUGUUGCUUUGCCCAGUAUUAAAAUACAUGAUUAAAUGACCACAAGUGCUGUUCCUCUUGAGGAUGAAAGUGGACUACUUUUCACAAAUUUUUGUAUAUUGCAAAAAAAUUCUCCACAUUUGGGCUUCCAUUCAUGUUAUUUCUAGACACAUACUGUAAACAGUUCACUAUUGUAUUAGAAAAGUAUUGGUCUUCUUUGAGGAAUGGUGCUGUGGUCCUUUUAAACUAACUCUAUGAUAUGAAGGAAUGCUAUGUGGUUAAAACCUACAAUGGCAUAAAUUGUAAUAGUAAUUGCUAUAUGGUGAAACCAUAUUAUGAAAGUUUAUUGUAAGGAUGCUCUUAUUUGCUCUUUUGCUAAAUAAAAAAAUUUAUAAUGUUAGCAUUUUUUAAGGUAAUCCUCUGGGUCGGUAUGAUUGCAAAGUGCCAAAAUCUUAAACUUGCUCUCUGAGUUUUAUGUUAAUGAGUACAGAACCUUUAUUGCUAUUCAAUUCUAGCGUGCAUGCUUGUCAGAUGAGUGUCUGUGGCCCCAGCGAAUCUAAGCAAAAGCAUUGUGGGAUAGCUUGGUCAUGUCUCAGGGUGUCCUUAGACAGUUGCAUUCAAGCAGAAAGCUGGCAAUAAUAUAUAAUGGGAAUGAAAAAGAGGAGACAGUAGGAUGAUUCGCUUGCUGCUAAAAUGCGACAACUGUAGAUUUGAUACAAAAUGACUGUAAAGAGUGAAGCGGUCUCUCCCUCCUUCUGCAAACCAUUGAAUUUUUUGUACUUGUCAAGUGCCUACAAGGGAGUUGAGUGGCUGAAAAUUGUGACAUGGUCUGAAUGUACAGCUACAUUUAUAAAAGAUAUAAGCAGGGUGUUUCUAAAAAUUAUAAACAAAUUAUUUGUUAGGCAUUUUGUUACCUUAAAGGGACAGUUCACCCAAAAAAUUAAAAUUGUCAUCACUCACCCUCAUGUUGUUCCAAACCCUGGAGACUUUCUUUUAUGGAACACAAAAAGAGAUGUUAGGUAGAAUGUUAGCCUCAGUCACCAUUCACUUUCAUUGCAUUGUUUUUCCAUACAAUCUAAGUGGAUGGGUUUCGAAUCAAGCCAAAUGUGUGGAAGAAGUGAAGGAGAGUAAAUGAUGACAGAAUUUUCAUUUUUGGGUACACUGACCCUUUAAUUCUCAGACUGGAUUUUCAUACAUGUGGAUGAUAUUGUCUUCUUCUUCAGCUGAGGGACAUCAAGUUCUGGAUACAGUGUUUUGCAGUUUGUCCACUAUGUGUGUAUGGAAUUUUUUGUUUACUGUUUGGUGUGGGAUGGCAAGGCAAGUGUUCAGUCUUGGCUUUCUCUUUUGUACAACUUAUAACCUCUGGCUCACCUCUUUUUCCCCUUUGUGUCCUCUACUCUACUACUGAUCAAUUACUUGCAUUGUUUCAAACAUAUCAAAACAAUGUUGCUGGUCCUUUUUCCUACUCAAUGAAAAAUCUACAUUAUUUAUUUCCUUGUAUUUAUGUUUUAUUUUAUUUGUUUUUUUGUCUUUAUCCUUUAAAAGUCCAUUUAUUUUCAUGACCUUAAUGUUUAUUUUAUUCAAAUGGAUGGCAUUCCUUGAUGCUUGUGUAUUUUAGGAUGGAGGUAGAGCCAUGAUGCAUUUAGGGGUUGAAGAAGGUUUUCUUUAAUGUUUACAUGAACUUCCAUACAGUUUUCAAGGACAAUGUUUUUCCCAGCACUUUUAAAGUGGCUGGAUGAUAAGCAAUACUGGUGUGAUGUCAACACUUUCAUUCAUUUUACACUGACAUGUUUCUUUUUUUUUUUUUUUCUUAAGCUCUAUUUGAUAGUGCCAUUCAGCUCUUAUUAGAAUUAAAAUAUUAAGUUAUAGAUUUAAAUUUGCAAAUGAUUGGUAUAUGUUGAGUAGAUUAUAUCUAGGUUUAUGUGUUUCUUGUUUUAAUAGGGAUGAAAGCUUCUUUACAAUUUUUCUUACAAAAAUAAUUGCAUUGCAUUCCAGGUAGAUUUAUUUUUCUUCAUGUGGUGAGGUUAUAUGUUUGCAGAAUUAAAGUACCCAAGUCAUUCAACCUACAUUUUCAUCACUCUCUGUGUAACAAAAGAAUGGAAUAGUUUCUAACAGUGUUUAAUAAGUUUUGUUUAUUAUUUUAUUUUUCAUAUCUCUGUAUCUCUGAAACAUUCCGUUCUAUUUCAGUUGUGCCCCAUACCAGCUGUUAAACCUCUUUACACUCUUAUCAGUCUGUGCCUGACGGAAUUAUGCUGUCAAUCAAAACGUUUUCAAUAAACACAACAAAAUGAGCA